CUCUGGGUCGGGGCGAUCGGUCCGGCAUCCCUCUGCGAGCGUGCCUGAGGAACCUGUUAGAUACACGUCUGGUUUUCCUCUGGCGCGGUGGGGAGAGGAGAGCUUCAGCUGCGGGGAGCUGCUUUUGGUCUUCACGGAUAGCGUGGCGAUGUGAGCGUGGCGGUCGGGGAGAGGGGCGAAGGUGCAUGGUGGAUGAAGGUCACUGGGCAGCACUUUGGGAGAACUGCUGCAAGACCAGCGUCCGGUUCUGGCAAGCACACGGGACGGGAGCUCAGGGUGUGCAGGAUACUGCUCGGAGUCAGACAGUCCUCUGCGUCCCGCCACCCUGGGGCCAAGUAGGAAUUUUCUUUGGAGAAGGCGGCGUGAGAAGGCGAGCAGGUCCCGGCUGCAGAGGGCGAGGGCUGCCGCGUGGGAGUUUGCCUUGUGGGGACUUCAAUAUAUGUGUGCAAACAAAACAAACUUUUCUAAUCCGGUGCUGCAUGAGCCAGGCUGCUUGUGAUCAUGGGGAACAGCCUUUUUGCAAACUGCUGCAGGCAUGUCACCGAUCUAAUCUUCCAGACGCGCAGCUUUAACUCGCCCGACGAGAGGUCACCCCUCUUACCAAAGCCUCCCGUGAGCUGCGCUGCCUGCCCGGGGGUGCCAGAAGCUGCCCAGUGCACUGGGCUGUAUCCAGACAUCAUCCCCAGCGAGGCAGUGGCUGGAAGCCUGCAGAAGUGCACCAAACACAUCCGAGACCUAUCCAAAGCCAAGGACGACGAAGGAAGGGUGACCGUCUGUGAUAUGAGCUGUUUGAGACCCGGCGUUGGCGCCGCCGGCCUGCUGCGGCAGGCAGAGGCAUCCUGUGCGGUGGCUGUCCUUCCAGCCGACCUUGGGGAAGGGCCGGCGGGGCUGGUCGAUCAUGCUCAGUCGCUUGGGGCCUGCCAGAGCUGCGUGAAACUUGAGGACAGCAGCUUAGCCCACAGAUCUUGCCGCCGGGAGGAGCACGUGGCAGCAGCUGAUGGGGGGGAUGCGGCCCCUGGAGCACGUCCCGCUGACCGGGGCCACGGCGAGGGACAAGCAGCCUUGCAUUUAGACGCAGCCUUAGCGAGUCCGGACAGCGUGCCGAAAUGCAGAGGUACUGCUCCCUUCCCGGGGAGCCCUGGGACACCUUCCUCUGCUCUGCCAGCAAGCGCGGGAAAAACCCCGCUGGCCCAACAGACUGUCGUGCCGGCUGUCCCCCCUGGUGAGGUGCCAUCUAAGGCUCGGGACAAAAGUACUGGUUUUGUAGUGACGGGCCCUGCUGCCCGCCCUGGCGGCGGGUCAAGCUGUGAUCCUGGCUCCCAGGCGCAGGCACUGUCCUCAAAGCAGCAGAAGAAGAGGAGGAAGAAAAAGAAGCUCACGCUUCUAGAGCACCCAUCUGGCGUGGCACUGAUGAAUGGCAGCGGCCCGCACGAGAGCCUCAAGGGUGAGAAGGAUGCCAGGCAGAACGGUCACGAGGAGGCUGACCCGGGAGAAGAUGGGAAUGACCAGGAGGUCAUUGUCAUACAGGACACAGGCUUUACCGUCAAGAUCUGUGCGCCAGGGAUAGAGCCCUUUUCCCUGCAGGUCUCUCCUCAAGAGAUGGUGCAAGAGAUCCACCAAGUUUUGAUGGACCGCGAGGAUACCUGCCAUCGGACUUGCUUCUCUCUGCAGCUGGAUGGCAAUGUUCUCGAUAACUUUGCUGAGCUGAAAACUAUUGAUGGACUGCAGGAGGGCUCGCUGCUGAAAGUGGUGGAAGAGCCGUACACGGUGCGAGAAGCCAGGAUACAUGUGCGUCACAUUCGGGACCUUCUGAAGAGUCUUGACCCAUCAGAUGCUUUCAAUGGUGUGGACUGUAAUUCACUGUCCUUCCUGAGUGUCUUCACGGAAGGAGACCUGGGAGACAGUGGAAAACGGAAGAAGAAAGGUACUGAAAUGGAACAAAUUGACUGCACCCCUCCUGAACAUAUCCUGCCAGGUAGCAAAGAGAGACCCCUGUGUGCCCUUCAGCCCCAGAACAGAGACUGGAAGCCUUUGCAGUGCCUAAAGGUAUUGACGAUGAGUGGCUGGAAUCCUCCACCCGGUAACCGGAAAAUGCACGGAGACCUCAUGUAUUUAUAUGUCAUCACGGUGGAGGAUCGGCACGUCAGUAUCACUGCAUCCACGCGAGGAUUUUACUUGAAUCAGUCUACUGCAUACAACUUCAAUCCCAAACCUGCAAACCCCAGUUUUCUCAGUCAUUCCUUGGUGGAACUACUUAACCAGAUCAGUCCUACCUUCAAAAAAAACUUUUCUGCACUGCAGAAGAAACGGGUUCAGAGACACCCUUUUGAAAGGAUAGCCACCCCUUUCCAAGUGUACAGCUGGACGGCUCCGCAAGCAGAACAUGCCAUGGACUGUGUCCGGGCAGAAGACGCUUAUACUUCUAGACUGGGCUAUGAAGAGCACAUACCUGGACAGACCAGAGACUGGAACGAGGAGUUGCAGACCACACGAGAACUGCCGCGCAAGAACCUGCCCGAGAGGCUGCUGAGAGAACGAGCCAUUUUCAAGGUUCACAGUGACUUCACUGCAGCAGCAACAAGAGGUGCUAUGGCUGUCAUUGAUGGCAAUGUCAUGGCCAUCAACCCCAGUGAAGAGACCAAGAUGCAGAUGUUCAUCUGGAACAACAUUUUCUUCAGCCUGGGCUUUGACGUCCGUGACCACUACAAGGACUUUGGCGGAGAUGUUGCUGCUUAUGUAGCUCCUACCAAUGAUCUCAAUGGUGUGCGGACCUAUAAUGCUGUGGAUGUAGAAGGGCUGUACACGCUGGGGACUGUAGUGGUGGAUUACAGAGGUUACAGGGUGACAGCUCAGUCUAUUAUUCCUGGCAUCUUGGAACGGGAGCAGGAACAGAGCGUCAUCUAUGGGUCAAUAGACUUUGGCAAGACAGUUGUCUCACAUCCCAAGUACCUGGAGCUGCUGGAGAAGACCAGCAGGCCACUUAAGAUCCAGAAGCACAAAGUCCUCAACGACAAGAACGAGGAGGUGGAGCUGUGCUCCUCGGUGGAGUGCAAAGGCAUUAUUGGCAACGACGGGCGUCACUACAUCCUGGACCUGCUCCGCACUUUCCCUCCAGAUCUAAACUUCCUGCCUGUCGAAGGGGAGGAGAUGCCAGAGGAAUGUAAGAAAAUGGGGUUCCCCAAGCAGCACAGACACAAGCUUUGCUGUCUCCGGCAAGAGCUUGUUGAUGCCUUUGUAGAACACAGGUAUCUCUUAUUCAUGAAGCUGGCCGCGUUGCAGCUGAUGCAGCAGAAAGCCAACAAGCAGGAGAGCUCAGGUGUGCUGGAAAAUGGCGCCUCUCCGGAGAACGGUACUGCAGACAGCGAGAAGUCUGAGUCAGAGGAUGGUAAAAUAGAUGAUAACGUGACUGGACUUGAUCAGGUGAAAGAGCUUGCUGAGACCAUUGCCUCUGAUGAUGGAACAGUGGAUCCCAAAAGCAGAGAAGUGAUUCGAAAUGCUUGCAAGGCUGUAGGCUCCAUUAGUGACACAUCAUUUGACAUUCGGUUUAACCCAGAUAUUUUCUCACCAGGUGUUCGUUUUCCCGAGUCUAGCAAAGAGGAGGUGCAGGAUCAGAAGCAGUUGCUGAAGGAUGCUGCUGCGUUCUUGCUGUCGUGCCAGAUCCCAGGUUUGGUCAAAGACUGCCUGGAUCACACGGUGCUCCCGAUGGAUGGGGCUACCUUAGCGGAGGCCAUGCACCAGAGGGGCAUCAACAUGCGUUAUCUGGGCAAAGUGGUCAGCUUCAUCACCAAGACCCCUGGCCGUGCGCAGCUGGAUCACAUUUUUAAAAUAGGAAUCAGUGAAUUGAUCACCCGAUCGGCUAAACACAUCUUCAAGACAUACCUCCAGGGCGUGGAGCUGUCGGGUUUAUCAGCAGCCAUCAGCCACUUCCUGAACUGCUUUCUAAGCUCCUUUCCAAAUCCCAUUGCCCAUCUUCCAGCUGAUGAGCUGGUCUCCAAGAAAAAGAAUAAGAAAAGGAAAAACAGGAACCUUGGAAAUGCUGAUAACACUGCAUGGGCCAGCAUGACCCCUCAGGAGCUUUGGAAGAAUAUUUGUUCAGAAGCAAAGAACUACUUCGAUUUUAGUCUUGAAUGUGAGAAUGCUGACCAAGCAGCUGAAGUGUAUAAUCUACAGAAAAUCACCCUGCUUCGUGAAAUCUCCCUUAAAACUGGAGUCCAGAUACUGCUGAAAGAGUACAACUUUGACAACAGGCACAAGCCCACCUUCACGGAAGAGGAUAUUCUCAACAUCUUCCCUGUAGUGAAGCACGUAAACCCCAAAGCCUCAGAUGCUUUCCACUUCUUCCAGAGCGGGCAAGCGAAGGUUCAGCAAGGUUUCUUGAAGGAGGGCUGCGAGCUCAUCAAUGAAGCCUUAAACUUGUUCAACAAUGUGUAUGGUGCUAUGCAUGUAGAAAUCUGUGCCUGCCUGAGGCUGCUGGCUCGUCUCAACUAUAUCAUGGGAGAUUAUUCAGAGGCCUUAAGUAAUCAGCAGAAAGCGGUGCUAAUGAGCGAGAGAGUCCUGGGUAUCGAACAUCCCAACACGAUUCAAGAAUACAUGCACCUCGCUUUGUACUGCUUUGCAAACAGCCAGCUCUCGACAGCAUUGAACUUACUGUACCGUGCACGCUACCUCAUGCUAUUGGUAUUUGGGGAGGAUCACCCAGAAAUGGCACUCUUAGAUAACAACAUCGGCUUGGUACUCCACGGGGUUAUGGAGUAUGACCUGUCCCUCCGGUUCCUGGAGAACGCGCUGGCCAUCAGCUCCAAGUAUCACGGCUCCAAGUCUUUGAAAGUUGCACUAAGCCACCACUUGGUAGCCCGAGUGUACGAGAGCAAAGCAGAAUUCCGGUCAGCUCUGCAGCACGAGAAGGAAGGCUACACCAUCUACAAAAACCAGCUUGGAGAACACCAUGAAAAGACCAAAGAGAGCUCUGAGUACUUGAAAUACCUGACUCAGCAAGCUGUCGCUCUUCAACGCACAAUGAACGAGAUUUACAAGAAUGGCUCCAACGCAAACAUCAUGCCACUUAAGUUCACAGCUCCCAGUAUGGCCAGUGUCCUGGAGCAGCUCAACAUUAUCAAUGGAAUUCUCUUCAUUCCACUAAGCCAAAAAGACUUGGAGAACCUUAAAGCAGAGGUGCAGCGACGCCAGCAGCUCCAAGAAAGCAUAAAAAGUGGUGAACAGCUGGAACCAGAGGACAAAGCUGUGGAGGAGAAAGAGGCUGAGCCAAGCAUGCCUUCUGCUGAGAUCCCCUUAACACAGAGCUCUGCUUAAUGUGUACCUCGCUUAAAAAAAAAAAAGUUUAAACCACCCUUUUUCUGAAUCUGAACCAGGGUCUCGGACUCCCCUGGCGCAGCUCCUCCUUUUUUGACAAUGUUAUUGCACUGGUACAAUUAAUACACAAUGCAAAGAACUAAUCUGAGAAAUGUAAUCUGUCUGACUGAGCUUGUGUCUGCCACAUGACGGGAGAGGUGGCCAGGAUGCAGCAGCGUACGAGACCCAUCCUAGGUGAGCGCAGCCUGAGGCUGUCACGCCUGUGUGUGUGUACGUGUUGUGUGUGUGUGUGUGCAUAUCAUCAGUUAUUUCUACUUUGUACAUAUGGAUUCCAAAUGAACUGUCUUGAGGUAUG